AUGCCUAGACCUCCACCUCCUUUUCCACAGAGGUUAGUGCAGAAGGCUAAAGAAGUAAAGUACCACAUGUUCAUAACUAUGUUGAAACAACUUUCCAUCAAUGUCCCUUUGAUAGAAGCUUUGGAGCAAAUGUCUGGGUAUGCAAAGUUCAUGAAGGACUUGGUGACCAGAAAGAGGGUUGUCAGUUUUGAGAAUUGUGAGAGGUUGCAGCAUUGUAGUGCCAUUUCUACGAGGUCACUGGUACAAAAGAAAGAGGAUCCUGGAGCUUUCACUAUUCCAUGCACCAUCGGUAAGAUGCAUUUUGGAAAAACUUUUUGUGAUUUAGGUGCCAGCAUUAACUUGAUGCCAUUGUCAAUUUAUAAGAAGUUGGGUUUAGGAGCUCCAAAACAAAUUGCGAUGCAUUUACUUAUGGCUAAUAGAACUGUGAAGAAGCCUUAUGGAGUGCUUCAAGAUGUCCUUAUGAAAGUGGAGACAUUCAUUAUUCCGAUAGACUUUGUUAUACUUGAUUGUGAGGUUGACUUUGAGGUCCCCAUCAUCUUAGGGACACCGUUCCUUGCUAUUGGGUGUGCCUUAGUUGAUAUGGAGAGAGGGCAGCUGAAGUUCCGACUAAAUAAGGAGAAGGUGACCUUUAACGUCUGUAAGUCUAUGAAGCAGGCAAGUGAUCUUAAAUCGGUAUCGGUGGUGAGUCACACUUUCGGAAGAGGUGCUGAAGUGUUUAGUAAGGAGAAGUUAGGUGUAGCCUUGUACAUGGAGAAGAAGUGCCAUGCUCAAAAGACAAAAGCGCAAACUAGCUCCUGGUGA